AUAAGAAGUCAAGACAUGUUCCACGAGAGCAGGCGGUCAAGGCAAGAGUAAUCUCGACGCAACAUGCCCAACAUGUACACGCAAAUUCUCGCGGUGGGCUUGGUGGCUUUUCUAGUACUGCGAGCCAAUGGCGCUCCGUUGACAGAAGCGACCACCGUCUUGCCAUCAAGCGACACCUCAAGUGAGGAGGAAACGGCGCCCUUACUCUUGCUUACUCUUGUCCGGCAGAUGAAAAAACCAGAAGAGGUCACAGGCCUGAGUAGCAAUAAGGAAGAGAGCCUAUUGAGGUCACUGUACCACCCCGAUGCUUUCCACAGAAAGAUGACGGCGCACAACAUCCUGCGGAAGCUCUACAUCUUCAUUGUUGACGGCGAGAGGGCGCUGAGGCGCAAAGAACGGCGAAGGGGAAAACAUGCCAAGGUCUUCGCCAUGUUUAGUUUAUUGCGGUAG